GAGAGCUAGAUGCGUUAGAAGCAGUAGUGCGUUCUCGUGUCCUGAAUAUACAAAUACAAAAACACAUUUAAUAUGCAGUAAUAUAUAUAUAUAUGUCUUCAAGAUUAGUGGCUGUAAAAAUAAGUCGUUUAUUUUAAGUAUAAUCCAAGUGCUUUGGGGUUCCUCAACAGCGGAAGGAUAUUUGCGCCGUUUUAACGUGCGAUCUCAUAUCUUAUAUACUGUACUCAAGAAUGGAGGUUACUGAAGCCAUGGACAGCAGAACACCACUGGCAGCCCUGUCUCCCUCACAGCAGAACACUGAAGCUGGAGAAUGGGAUUUCUCCAAACUCACUCCUUCACAGUUUGGCAUAUCAACAGACAGCUUCUUACCGUCCUCCAAGAUUAAAGAUAAAUCCAGAGUUGCUCAACUGAAGGCCAGGAGGAGAUCCACGAUUGGGGUCCGGGGAUCUCCAGAAACGAACUCUCUCAUCUGCUUCAGGGCCAAACAAGCUGCAAAAACACCUCCACGAACACCACAGCUUUUCCAGGGGAGUCCAUUUCUUUCAUGCUGUGACUCUCUGAAGAAGAAGAUGGCUGCUUUCCAGUGUCUGAUGGAGGAAGACGAAGAGAAGGAUGGACAGAAGAAAAAUGAGGAGAGUGAGAGUGCUAAAAGCAUUUUGGCUAAAGAUUCUAAGAACGGAAAUGAGAACACGCUGACUACGCAAAGCCCACCCACUUCGAUGACGCCUCCACCCUCUAAGAAACGCUGCUGGGCCCCACAGGGGGAGUGUGAGGACAAGAAAACCGAGACUCUACUCCCCUACCCCACCUUCACGACACAAGGGUUGAAAUGCUAUGAGUCUCAAAGCCAGAGGCCUCAUUCAGACUUGGAUUCGGAUGCAAAGAAUGAGCUUCUGUCUUUACCCAUGCUGUCAAAACCAGAAAUUAAACUAGCAGAUGAGAACGUGGUCUCUUCUGUAUGCAAGAAGAAGCGUGUUCGUUUUGGGGCCCCGCUCUCUCCAGAGUUCUUUGACAAAACUCUCCCUCCCAGUACCCCACUACAGAAAGGAGGCACUCCAAAGUGUCCUCCAUCAUCUACGGGUCCUAAACGCUCACUGCUGAAGACCCUGCAACGUUCUGAUCCUCUUCCACAACCUGACUUCAGUAGUCCUCAAAGCAAUGGAGCCUCACCUGUCCUGGUUAUUGACAGAUGCAAUGCUGGACUGGUGUACAGUGAUGAAGUAUUUGAAGAGAUCGAAAAGAUCAGUUUUCCCAGUAUGGAGGACGAGUCUCCUUCAUACAAACAUUCUGAGGACUGCAAAGAUGUACUCUCUGCUGAGGACCCAGGGCAGCCCCAGGCUGAAGACACUGAAGUUAUGAACUUUGCUUUUCAAGAGGAUGUACCAUCAGAUUCACAGACAGAGGAAAAACUACCAUGUCCCAAUGGUGAUCAGCCACUGGCUUUCUCCGAUGGAGAGCAAGACUGCAUUCAGACUCUGAACAUUCCCCAUAGCAAGACAGUUCGUCCCAUGGUAAGUCUGGAUACUGCCUGUACAUGGACCAAUGAAAACGAGCAGACGUUGAGCUCCAAUGUGUCAGACACCACUGACAAUCAAUCAGAUAUGGGCGUGACUUGUCUGGAACCCCCAGUCGGCACUCGGGGUCCUGCAGGAAGAGGAAGCUCAGGGUCAAAGACUUCCAAAGCCAAUCGUGACUCUGGGAGGCCUGUGCGCCAACGUCGUAGCUCAGGUGCAGCCAAAAGAAAGGAGCUUGGCAGUCCAGCUAUUAGCUCCACUACUAAAUCCGGCGGUGAAACUGGGAAACAAGAUACUGAGAGCCAAAAGCCAACUGAAUCUGCAGGUUUGAACCCAGUGUACCAAGACAGUCCUGAUAGACCUGUGCAUGAUGUGGCUGAGUGCACUGAGAACAAAGAAAUCGAGGCUUUAAUAAGUUGUGUGGUACCAAAUGAAGACUCUAUGAACACUGAGAGCUUAGAGCAGAAGACACCAAGCAAUAAAAAACAUGGACGGGUGCAAAAGGCACUGAAAAGUCCUCCUGGAAAGCUUAAUGUCGUGGUAGAGCAAGUAGUUGAGAGUGGUCAGUCAGAGCGAAUUACUGAUGAUACGACAGAGAGCAACGCUGGACCUACAGAGCCUAGUUUGGCCCCCUGGCAGCAGGCUGACUUCAACAUCGACGACAUCCUGAAACCUGUGGCAAAGAGUCGAGGUUCUGUGCGCCGCAGCCUGAGGAACCGGAGGAGCGUGGACCUUCAGGCUGUGGGCCUGGCCUGGGUGGAUCACACCUCUCCGGAGCUGAGUAAAGCGAGUCGGAGGAGGACGCGCGGCAGACUCAGUGGAGUGUCUGAACCAUUCGUCCCUCAGGUCUCUGUGGAACUAACACCAAACCUGGGAGAGUAACUGACCUCAAUCAUUUGUGUCAAUUAGCAGUUCAAUUACUGUCAAGUGGACUUUUGACAAAAUACUAAUCUUUUCUCUUAUGUAAUGUUUUAAAAUUCUUUUUCUUUUUUUAUACUGUUUUAGUGUUUAUGGAUGAAACCUGCUCUUAUUAAGAAGAUUACAUUAUUGUUAGAUUACUUCUACUCAUUAAAUCUUCUGUUGGGUGAAUGAAUUGACGUUGAAGGAGAUUUUCCUGUGGUAAUCUCAUAUUCUUUUACAUAAAUGGCAAUCCCAGUUUGCUUGGACAGUGGUUUUUGUUUUAUUUUAAAUUUGCCUACUUUGCAAUUCAAUAGUACAAAAUAAUAUUUUCAUCCAAACCUUCAAUCUUGUUUUCCAUUGGCCUUAUUUGUCAUUCACACGUGUAAUACAGCAUUUAGGCAAGAAGUUAUAGGACCUGCUUUAACUAUUACAUGGAUGAAUGUUGUGAAAACAUGCCUGGAUCAUUUUUCAACCCAU